AAUCAGUUCGAUUUGGGUUUCUGGAAAAAGUUUUAAUGAGAGGACAGUUGGCAGUGAAGAAUUUUGUGUGUAAAAUUUGCAUGAGUCAAUGCAGAUCGAUUCGCAUUGACUUUUCAUAUGAAGAUCUAAAAAUACAAAAAUUUUACAAACAAAUUUUACAAACAAACAUUCAUAUCUUCAUUUUCCUUUUAUUUUACAUAAUCCAAUUCUUUUGUCGAAAAAAUCUUGACGCUUAAUGAUAUUAGUUGUAAAGUAAAAGUGCUAUUCGAUGUCAUAUGAAAUCAUGAGAAAACAUCCAAGUCAACAAAUGGGCUUGAACGCUGCAAAGAUUACUGGCCACUGCGCAAUAAAAACUAAAAUAAAGCUUUGAACAGUCAGUUAUAUAAUAGUGAGUCGCAUUUGUAACGAACAAAAAAUCUGCUAAAUUGUGCAAUAAAAUCACAAAGACCCGAGCUAAAUUCAAGCACCAUAAAGUUCAAUCAGCUUUCACCCAUUAUGGGGAAAGUCGAAUUUGACUGGAUUGCAUAAUAGCGACAUUGUGAAUAUGAAAUGGACAAGAAGGAAAGUGGACGUAUGGAUGUAAUAACAGGAGAAAAAUUAGGGUGAAAAGGUACGAAAAGCUAGACUUGGGUUUUAGCUUUCGCCAAUAAUAAAGCUGCGGAAAGAGGACGACGACGGGAACAUGAGAUCGUGAGAAAGAUUCAUGAUUCUCUGCAACGAAGAUUCACGGACUAUGGGCCAAUUUUCCCCUGCGUUGCUCUUCAGUCGUUCAGUAGAGUUAGGAGGACGCUGUCUUCUGCAUUUCGUUUCUUUAGCUGGCGUGACUCGUGUCAUCUUUAAAUAAACCAUCCGAAACCUUUUUGAGUGUGAUGUGAGCUGAGGAAAAUUCAUAAAGAAAAAAAAACAUAAGACACAACUGGGUCAAGUGCGACCAAAUUGAAAUAGAUAAGUCAGCAUUGCAAGUGUUCCAACAUUCUUACCCGAUAAUUGAGUACUGUACAGCUAAAGAUAAACUUAACGAGUGGUGGUGGUUGGUAUGCAUUUUACUGCGGUAUGCGCAAUUUGGCACAAUUAUGCUAAACAAUAUAAACUCUGGGUGAUUAAAAACAAAUUUACUGGUCUUCUGUCUGACACCAGAACGCAUAAAGUGUUGAAUACCAACCAACCAACUAUAAAGAUAUACUAAUUUGAGACUUUGUGACCCACUGAAAAUGAUGAACUUAACGUUCUAAUUACAUAAACUUGGAAACCAACAAACCCGAGAUUUUGUGGCUAAUUCGGAAUCCAUUUCCAAAUUUGUAUUUACGGUAAAGAUGGGAAAAUCUAUCCUUCUGUCAAUCCUCCUGGUUGUCAGCUACAUGUCCACAUUCACCACCGUCCUGGGUGACAACAUGGAACUGGAGACCGUGGACGUGGAUCUGCUCCACGACCCAGGAGCCAAUCUCACAAUGACUUUCACCACCACCACAAACUUGUCCAUCAAUCCUGGAAAUUUGAGCAUUGAAGAGCUCAUGAAACUGGAGCUUGCCGAGUACCCACUGAGGGACCCUUUGUCCAUCGCCAUACCGAUGACGCUGAUUUACUCCUUGAUCCUGCUGAGCGGACUGGUCGGAAAUGUGAGCACUUGUAUUGUCAUCGCCAAAAUAUCCUACAUGCAUACCGCCACCAAUUACUACUUGUUCAGUUUGGCCAUGUCGGAUUUGCUCCUCUUGACGAGCGGGGUUCCACAGGAAAUUUAUCAAAUUUGGGUCAAAUAUCCCUACAUCUUUGGUGAACCUGUCUGUGUGAUUCGCGGCUUGGCUGCGGAGACCUCGGCCAAUGCGACGGUCCUCACAAUAACGGCGUUCACGGUGGAAAGAUUUGUGGCCAUCGUAUAUCCGUUGAAAGGCCACUUGCUUUCUCAACUGUCGCGCGUUAUUCGGAUGAUAACCAUCAUUUGGUGUGUGGCGUUGUGCAUGGCGCUCCCACAAGCUGCACAGUUCGGGAUUAUGGAUAGUAUGAGCAUACACGCUCCUGAGAAAAUUUUGAUCAAGGGAGCUUGGUGCGCCCUGGUCAGGGAGAUCUUUCCGUACGCUUUCCACAUUUCUAUUUGCGUCUUUUUCGUCAUUCCCAUGACCCUCAUCACUGUCCUCUACAUUCUCAUCGGGCUGAAGCUGAGACGUUCGAGGAAAGGGCCGCUUAAUCCGGAACCAUAUGCGAGAAAUCAGCAGAGUCAUGUUAUCCGAAUGCUGGUCGCUGUUGUCCUGGGCUUCUUCUUCUGUUGGUCUGGAUUUCAUGCGCAGAGACUGAUGGCCUUGUAUGCCACCUCCGUUGGAAGAGAAAACCUCUCCAACCUCUUUGUCACGGUGUACAAAGGACUUAUGCACGUGUCCGGAAUUCUGUACUAUUUGAGCACGUGCAUUAAUCCGAUUCUUUAUCACAUUAUGAGCAACAAAUUCCGCCAAGCAUUCCGGGACGCAAUCCAACAAUUCUGCGGUCAAGACUCCGACGACCCCACCUUUCACCACCGCAACUACUCCGCCAUGUCCCGCCGCUCUGUACGACUCGGUUAUCUGAACCAUUACAAAAGUGGGAGCAACAAUUCUCUCGUCACCGUCGGAACCACGACGCCCAUUCCGACGGGAAAUUCCUUGAGAAAAACGACCACCACCACGACGAUGUCAAACUCUCCCGCAAAUGCGAAAUCCUGCCACGGUUUGUUAGCCACGAUUGAAGAAGCCUCGUCGGACAAACGGCUCGAACUGGAUUUGAGUUCUACAGGUUCACAAAAUGAAGAAACCACUACUCCCAAUUCCAAACCAACAAAGAAAUCUCAUCAGAAUUUAAAUCGGGACAAAAUUGUGAGUGGGCGAAAAUCGCAAUCAGAAAGUGGGAUUUGCUCAAAGAGUGAAAGUGAGCAGACUUUAACGCUGAGUGAGUCGAUGAGUCCCUGUUCGGAAAUUGUGAUCAUGCCGGCGACCACGACGACGACCACAUUGUUGGAGAAGAGCAGUAGUAGUAAUAAAAGGAGUUCCUCUCUCACAACGGAUAAGCAAAGAUAUUAAUGGCUUAACUUAUGUAACUGAUAACCGACACUCAAGAGGUACACACCUUUGUCGGUACAUGAAUGAAACUUGGACUAUUUACCUUGAAGACCAUUUGAAUAUGACAAUAGAGGACUUUUAAGCAGCAUUUCUAACAGAUUUGCUCCAAAUAUAUAUAUAAAUACAUUCCAUUUUAUAUAAUUUAUGAAAAAGCAAAUUGUGAAUUUAAAAAGUGAUUCUCAUUUUUCUCUUGUGGUCAUUUAUUAUUUAAAUUUGUUUUUAAUAACGUGGAUAAAAUACUUAAAAUAGUUAAAUGUGAUUCAUCUAUGUAGAAUUAGUUGUAUGCUUACUUGUACUCAUUUGAGUUUAAAAAUGUGUAUGUAUAUUUUAUCAGGAUAUCAAGAAAUAAAAUACUUAAUGAAUUG